AUGGCUUUGGUUGUUCGCUUGGUGCGUGGUGAGUGGACGGAAGACACUAACGACUAUUACGUUGGCGGAGGCGAUGAUAGUAUCGUGCAACAGUUGAUGGUGAAUGAGGAUUUAGAAAAAAAACCAAACGAUCCUAAUACUGGUGAUGGUGUCAGUUCACAGUUGAUAGAUCCAGUGGUAAAGAUUGGGCAAUACUUCAGCAGUAAGGAAGCUUUACAGGCAACUAUGGAAAUGACGCCAUCUGCGAAAACAGUUGGUCAUCUCAUUAUGCAGCAGUAUGAGGGUGUGAAGGAAGGUACUAAACCGAAUGAUAUAAUUAAUAUUAUUCGUACAUCGUAUGGAUGCGAGCUUACUGAUUCACAAGCUUGGGAAGCUCGUGAGUAUGCAGUUAACGAAGUUAGAGGAAUUCCUGAGAGAAGCUAUGGGAAGAUUCCAAAAUACUUGCACAUGUUGAAAGAAGCGAAUCCUGGGUUUUACAAGGCAUGUCGGAAAGUGAUAGUAGUUGACGGUACAUUUUUGAAGAGCAAGUACAAAGGAGUUCUAUUAGUUGCUACAGCUGUUGAUGGUAACUCUAAUUUGUAUCCAAUCGCAUUUGGAAUUGUUGAUUCCGAGAAUGAUUGUUCGUGGGAUGGUUUUUUGCAACUUAAGUUGGUUAUAACGGAUGAAGAAGGUUUAUUUUUUGUAUCAUAUAGACAUAUGUCCAUUGGUAAAUCGAUAAGGAACAUCUACCCAUUGGCUAAACAUGGUAUUUGCAUCCACCACUUGAUUACUAAUGUGAUAACAUAUAACAAGGGAAAAGGUGUGGCUGGUAUGGUUGCAAAAGCGUCUAAAGCUUAUAGAGUUGCUGAGUUUGAGAAACAGUUAGCGCGAAUAAAUAGUAUUAGUCCCUCGAUUGGAAGAUAUUUAGAGGAUGCUGAUGUGAAAAAAUGGGCUCGUUGUCAUUUUCCUGGUUCUAGAUAUGAUAUUAACACCAACAACGCAGCAGAAUCGAUCAAUGCAUCUCUGAGAUCACCGAGAGAGUAUCCUAUAAUUCCUUUGUUAGACAGCAUCAGAGAAAUGCUAACACGAUGGUUUUAUGAGAGUAGAGAAUUAAGUGCAAAACAUCAAGAUCCUUUAACUGUUGCGGUGGAGACAAAGAUUUCAAGAAGAAUAGAGAAAGGAAAAUAUUUGAAAGCAUAUCCGAUUACCAGAAAUGUGUUGCAGGUUAAAGGUAAUGGAGAAGAGUAUGUUGUUGAUUUAGAAAAAAGAACAUGUUCAUGUGGGAAGUUCGAGAUAGGGAAAAUUCCUUGCAGGCACGCUAUCAAAGCAGCUUUUGAUAUAGGAAAGGAUCUAUAUCCUUAUGCUAAUGAUGUUUUUACGACGACAACAUGGAGAUCACAUUACGAGGAAACUAUUAACCCAAUAGGUGUUCCCGAACGAGAUUGGUGUGUCCCGAAAGAUGUUGAAGAUGCAAUCGUUCAACCACCAGAAACAAGAAGACAUCCAAGUAGACGAAGAAAGCGAAGACAUGAAACAGCUGAAGACAAAAUAAAAUCAUCACAAAGAUCACAAGGGUCAAAGAGACAUAAGUGUAGCCGUUGUGGCCAAGAAGGACAUAACAGAACCACUUGUGAUAGCAGUCCAAUACAUCUUUUGAAAAGUUUAAGGUGCUGA